UCAGAAAUCGCCUCUUUUUGUCUCCUCUCUGUUGCGGCUUCAGAAUCGCCAUCGGAAGGUUGGACUCAUCAUCGAGACGGGUCACGAACCGGAGCCCCGUUUAGUUUUCGAACUCGCUACCGAUUCCGAGUUGUACGAGCAACAAUCAUCAUCAUCGUGUUGCGUGUUUAUCCUUUUUGGUCCGAGGGUCUUCAUGAAUUGAAGCACAUCAAUAUCUUGGUCGAAAGAUUCCCCCUUUCAGGAGCAAAAACUCUGAUUUUGGAGUAUCCUUAGUGUUGUUCUCUUCCCAUAUUGUAAAAACGACUUCGUUUAAUUGAAGGAAAAAGCUUCUUUUUGGUUUAAAGUCUCUCUGCUCAACCUAAGAGAUGAAAAUAAUGAAGGCAAAUGCAGGAGCACUUACCAAUUUCGAGUUGCUUGACUUCUUAAACUCAAGAGGUGCUUCAAAAGAUACUACAAGAGUUAUUGCUCCAAUUGCUAGAUCAGAAUACAAGGUCUAUGAUUAUUUGGUGGAGACUGCUGCUUCCACUCAAACACGAGAGAGCGUUAACAAAUCCGCAGACAAGUGUAAAGAUUUCAAACUCGCUAAAGCUGAGAUUCUCAAUAUCAUCAAUCUCUGGCCUUCUUCUAUAGUCGAACUGUUACCGGUUUGUUUGUUGUUUCUAGCUUAUACACUACCAUUUAUAUCACUGCAUUUAACUUCUCUUCUUCAUGGUUUAUAACAUUUGUUGAUUGUGACUCUCUUGUAGAUCAUAGAGAACCUUGAUGAUCGAGAAAUCGACACAGAUGGGAUAUUAGAGCUUGUGAAGGAUUUGCUACCUCCUCUGCCUACAGCUGAAAGUCCUAAAGAUAAUGAUGAAGAAGAAGAAACAGAGAAUGGUGAACAGUCGUGACUUGCAACAAUUUUCCCCUUAAAUCGUUAUUUUUUGUAUCGGUGCGAUUUUACCGUUUUGGCGGAAAAAGGCAAGUCUCCGAUUUUUACAAUUUUUGCAGAAAAAUGUAAUUUCUCAAUUUUUCUUAAAAAUUAUGAUUUAUGAUUUAUCAAUAAUAACAAUAAUAAAAUGGGCUGACCAUAGACUUUCUAUAUAAACAUGGUCUUUAUUGGGCAUGGACAUUUUUUGGACCAUUGUCCAUGGACCGUCCAACUUGGCCCAUAAAAAAAAAUUGUCUGUACGUACACGCCCAAUGGUCCCUGGACGGACCAUUUGACAGCUCUAGACUUGCUAAUGAAGUUUUUGAGUUUGUUAUCUUUUAGAUAUAAAGAACAUAUUUUGAUUUUGU